CUGCCAUGGAAGUCUGUCAUAUAGAUUAAGGAUUGAUUAACCCUUAAGAAAGAUAUUUAAGGUUUGUAAUAGGAAUUAUUGGUUUCAGUGUUAAUCUUGAUCUUAAUCUACUGGAAUCUAUCUAACGGGUCUUCGCAAUGGAUAAAAGGGUUUUUCAAUUUUGAAGAAAAGAAGAGAUUGUUUUGUUUGUGUUGUUUGAGAGCAAGGUUCUUCACGCAGAUCGAUUCUCCAUCUGCGCCUUCCUCUGCGCGCCCAUGGCCGCAUCAUAGCAGCGUCCAUCACAUCAAAAUCAAUGGCGGAGAGCGCAUCACCGUCGUCCAAACCCUCACCAAUGGAUCCUCAAAACCCUGCAAUCCCUUCCCCUUCCCACAAGAACACAGCUUCACCCUCGCUCCCUCUGCCCCCCGAAGAGCAGCAACAGCAACAGCAGUUGAACGUCCUCUCCUCGAGGAGAAACAGGGAUAAUACUGAAGGAAGCGCAUCACAUAACAGUGAACUGAAGACAAUGUCUGCUGAAUCGCCAAGUUCUAUUCGUAAAGUGGUUGUUCAUCUCAGAGCCACCGGUGAUGCUCCUAUUCUCAAACAAUCCAAGUUCAAGAUAGCAGGAACUGAUAAAUUCGUUAAAGUGAUAGACUUUCUUCGCCGGCAACUCCACAGGGAGACAAUGUUUGUGUAUGUCAAUAGUGCUUUUUCACCAAACCCUGAUGAGUUGGUCAUUGAUCUGUUUAAUUUGCUAAUAUUUCUCGCAAAUGUAAUAUUUGUCUCAUGUAUGUUGUGAGAAAGCAGCUGGGGAAAUAUUUCAGGUUUAUGCAGGACCGUAUGUUUAUGUGAUGAAAGUAAAUAUAUAGUGUUAAAAUUUGAUUCAGUAUUUGUUAGGAGUUGUUUUACCAUUUCUGUAUCUACCUUGUUUGUAAAAUGGAGAAAUAUAUUUUCAGCUCUCAACACGUAAUUGUUCAACCUCGUAAAAGGGAAUGAAACUAAGGAUCAUCGUGGAAUUCUGAUUUUGAAAUCCAAUAUCCGUUUUCUUUUCCUAUUUUCAAAUACUUUUCUUAUUCUACUAGAUGAGUGGUGACAUUAAAACCACUUGCCAUGUCAAGUGACAUAUUUUUCAUGUCAUGUAUAGAUCUGCAAGAGUGUGCUGAAAAUUUUUAAAAUUUCCUUAGCAUUUCUUUCUUUGAGUGAAUAUUCAGUCCAAAUUCUUUCAUGGAUUUUUGGUGUUGUUCCUUUCUUGUAUCUUUAAAGCACAUUGAUUUUAAUAUUUUAAAAUCAGUAUAUUUUGCACACGCAAUAGAAGAACAAUAAAAAAAAUCCAUUAGCGAAUCAAAAUUUGUAAAUAUUCUUGUUCUUCUCGGCCAUGCCAUCUUUUUCUCCGUAAGAAUAUUGUCUUAGCUGUAAUGUUCUAUAUUACAGGUGUUUAGAAAAAAUAUUUAGUAAUAUGGCACUAAAGUAUUCUAAUUAUGAUGUAGAUUGGUUUUGUAUCUCUUUAGAUAAACUGUACUUUUUAUGUAUUGGAUUGUCAUUGAGUUAUUU